UUUGAUUUAGAUUUAACUUGGUAUCUCCGUUACUUUGUUAUUUUACAAGUGAUACUUAUAUCUGGGAUUUUAUUAGAUUUUAUUAAGAAAAUAAUUUAAUUUUCAUUUGAUACUAGAAUUUAAAUCAAGUUUCCGCAUAAUUUGAGAAGUUAAAAAAAUAUUGUCCGAUGCUUCCCGUUGAUUUAAUGAAAGGAUGUGUUUUCAUGUAUAAUUCAAAUUCGGACUUUUUAUAAGGACAGGUAAUAUUUUUAUCAACCUUAUUAGGAGGAGAUUUUUGUGUUCAUUAAAUCAGUACUUUGAAAAGGAUAUAUUUUCAUGGACACUUCAGGUCAUCUCAAAUCUUAUUUAUGACAUUGUAAAAAAUUUAAAGUGUUCUUUUGAAAGGACAUAUGUUAAUAGAGACAAUUCAGAUAAACAUAACUUGAUAUUUUAUGUUUGAUUCCAAAAGGAUAAAAUUCAUUAUACAUAGGAUAUGUAAAUUAAUGUACAGAUGUGUUUGACAACUUGUGAUCUUAAUUAAUUUGGACCUACAUAUGCAAUUAGUGUAUUGUUUAAAAUGUUAGAAGGAUUCUAAUGAACUUGGACCUAGUUAAUUCUCUUGACUUGUAUACGUAGGUUCAGUUGGUUUACCAACUUUCAAAAGAGUAGGUAGAAACUCUGGUAAAACAUUUGUUCCGUUUUAAGACCUAGUUAAUUCUGAAGACAGUAGAUUCAAUUAAUUUUACCAAGUAUCAAAAGUGCAGGUAGAAAUUCUGGUGAAAUAGUUGGAUUAUUUCUGUUUUUACAAUCAUUUGAAGAUUUGUAAGAAACAAUAUAGAAAGUCAUCAGCAUGUAUCUUUUCUGUUAUUGCUAUUAAUUCUGCAGGGAUAUAAAUUCCAUCUAGACAAAUUAUAAAUAUAUGUGAGAGAUAUAAGUUAGUUAACAAUUCAUCAUUUUACGCUAUAUCUAGUCCUGACAGCAAGGGUGGUAUUGGCAAGUAUUGACAACGUUUCACUUAAUUGUACGCUUAAUAUCGAUAUAAAACUAGGGCUAAAGGAAAUGAACCUACGACAGGGAUUAUAACAAUCAUUGAAGUGAUCAGGAAGUCUAUGUUAUUAAGAUACAAAUAUGGGAGAUACAACCGUACACAAUGACAGUCUGAAACUUCAACUGAAAAAACUUAGGAAAGUUUCCUUGACCGAUUCUGAACAACUAAAUAUGUCCGGGAGUAGUGUUAGGAAAAAGUCUGAGUCAGAUAAUGCAAGUUUAAAAUCACCGGUAAAUUGUAAACAUUCGUUUGAGGAUACUAAAAAAUUAAUGUCCGCCACUAAAAAUAAUAACAAUAAUAAUGUAUCAAAGGAUUCUGAAGUGUCGCUGGUUUUAGAUAGUUCUAUAGAAUCGGAUGAAGAACUGACAGAAUCGUCAGAAAUUUUAGAUGUUUCUCUGUGCAUUGAAGAACCUGAUGAUCAGCCUAAAUCACCGACAGACUCACUAUCUAGGGAUUGUAAUGGCGUACAAGUGACUGUAAACAAUAACAGAGGAUCAACAAGUUCAGAGGAGGCGAGUUCUCCCGCUAAAGCCAAGAAAAACUGUAAAUUACAUAAAUCUGAAUCUUUUGGACCAAUCAAAUUAAGGAAAACAGGAGGAGAAAUUUUAUUAUCCAGAUACCACAAGUUUACUUGCCCAGAGCAGCCUGGUUAUGUUGGAUUUGCCAAUCUUCCCAACCAAGUUCAUCGUAAAUCUGUCAAGAAAGGCUUUGAGUUCACUCUUAUGGUAGUUGGUGAAUCAGGCCUUGGAAAGUCAACACUAGUCAAUAGUUUAUUUCUAACAGAUUUAUAUCCUGAAAGACAGAUACAUUCAGCAGCAGAGAAAAUCAAGCAGACAGUAAAGAUAGAUGCUUCUACAGUAGAAAUAGAAGAACGAGGAGUGAAACUGAGGCUGACUGUUGUAGAUACUCCAGGCUUUGGAGACUCAUUAAAUUCUGUAGAUUGUUUUAAACCUAUCAUCCAAUAUGUUGAUGAUCAGUUUGAGAGGUAUCUACAAGACGAGAGUGGACUUAACAGACGACACAUCAUUGAUAAUAGGGUCCAUUGUUGUUUCUACUUCAUCAACCCCUCAGGUCAUGGGUUACGACCCCUUGACAUAACAUUUAUGAGAGCAGUUCACCAUAAAGUAAACAUUGUACCUGUAAUAGCUAAAGCUGAUACCCUCACAAAACAUGAAGUUCAAAGGUUAAAGAAAAGGGUUCUGGACCAGAUAGAUGAAUAUGGAAUCAGUAUCUACCCACUACCUGAUUGUGACUCAGAUGAAGAUGAAGACUACAGAGAACAGUGUCGUCAGCUCAAGGAAGCAGUGCCUUUUGCAGUCAUUGGAGCCAAUACAGUUAUUGAAGUUAAAGGUCGUAAGGUCAGAGGUCGUAUGUACCCAUGGGGUGUAGUUGAAGUAGAAAAUCCAGAACAUUGUGAUUUCAUUAAACUGAGGACCAUGCUCAUUACACAUAUGCAGGACUUACAAGAAGUUACACAAGAAGUGCAUUAUGAGAACUUUAGAGCUGACAAACUUGCAGGAGGAGGGGGCCAGGCUGUUCCAAAGAAAGUCAGAGGACGGCAGCGUGAAGAAGCUGUUGAGCAGGAUAAAAAUCGUCGCCCUGAAAGUAUGGUUGGUGGUGAUGAGAAGGAAAAACAAUUACAAGAAAAAGAUGCAGAGCUGAGGAGGAUGCAAGAGAUGGUAGCUAGAAUGCAGGCUGAGAUGGAACAACAAAAACGUAUGGCUGGAACACCAGGCAAACAAAAUGGGGGAAUCAAAACAGAAAAUGUCUAGAUUUAGUGCCACAUAUUAGAUGGAAAACAAGUUUUUAUGACAACAUGGUGCUACCAAGGCAACAGUUUAUUACUAACAUUGAGUUGGAAUGGCAUUUGUUUUCUAACAGAAUUUUCCAUCAAAUUGCAACAGUUUCUAAACUUUUUGUAUUUCAUUCCUUGUUAAAGAUCAAAAUCAUAUUUUGUCAGAAAUUUUAUAUUUAUUGUAAACAGUUGCAAUUUAUUUUUAUGGUGUAUUUUUUGUUGCUUGUUUUAUUUUGCAAAUAUUUACAAAGGGAGACAAAUGUGACAUGUGAAAGGGAAGAACUGUGCAAUUAUCUCGUACUUAUUCAACACAUAUUCAUACAAAUGUUUCAGACCUUAAUCACUUGUGGGAAAUUAAAUGUUAAUUCAGUAUUAUGAAAUAUGAUAGGUCGAAGAUGUUAGAUACAACAAAUAUUUAACCAAUGAAUUUCUUUAUUACAUUAUAAAGUAGAUCAAUGUGUUCUUCUUACUAAUGAGUUGAAUUAUAUGACAUGGAUUUUCUUUUUAGUUAUUGAUCUCUUAAUUUGCUUCAAUUAACUUUUGGCAUUUUAUUAUUCUUAACUACUGAAAAAUAUAUUCUAGUCAAUUUCUCUUGCCAGCUUUAAGCUUUAAUGAUACUUAAUAUUUUACACAACUACAGCAAGUAUAGUGUUGUUUUUUUUAAGAUCUCAAUGAUAAAUUGUGUUUCAAAUUUUCAGAAAAAGGCAGUUUGGGAUAUUUGAUGUUUUCAGUAACUUCAAAUUAAAAUGGAUCCAGUAGGAAUAAGCUAAAGUAACUUUUUAUAAAUAAAAAAAAAAAGUAUUAGCGAUCACUUAUAGAUAUAAAAAUGUUUUGUCCAAAUUGUUUGGGGUUAUAGCCUGAGCAAAAUUUUAACAUGUACAUACAGGAAGUAGUUUAGAGCCUGUAUCCCUGUAGACCAUUAAUUGUAUCUUUAGUAGACAUUCCUUCGGUGUAGUUUGUCAGAGGGACCAGGUCUCUGUCAUAUUUGUUUUAACAGCCUUAUCUGAAAUGAUUUAAUGCACCAAGACUUAGUAUGUGAAUCCAAAACCUGAAUUGUUUCAUAGUAUUUUUACAUUAAUCAGUAAAAUACCCUCAGCUGAAAUAAUGUUUUCACAUUUUCUGUUGAAUUCUAAUUCAUUCAUGUAUAGGUAUUAGAAUACCUCAAAACAGAUCCUUGCUUGGGAACGGCAGGUUCAUUCCUAUUUAAAAAAAAUAUUUCAGGAUACCAGCAAAAAGUUAUUACUGUUGAUUUAUUAAAGUGCUAAUUUACCAAUUGAAAAAUACUGCUGAAUAAUGAACAAAAACCUAUACAAAUGUCUUCCUCAAGAGGGAUAACUCUAUAAGUCAACAGAACGUUUAAUGGCAUUGUGUUAUCUCAGACCAAUUCUAUAAAGAAAAUAAUUGUUACUUAUGUUUUGUGCCUAUUUUCUGCAAAUCUUUGUUGCAACUAGCUUGUAAUUUUUUAAAAGGAAAAUCAAUAAAAAUAGAAAUAAACAAAUAUUUUAGAAUUUGCUUUUUAAUUGAAGUGAUACACCAACUCUCCCACCAAAAACAAAUUCAGUAUUUUUAUGCAUUUAUUUCUAUAGAAUCUCAUACUUCUACAUAGUUUAUAGUCAGCAAUAAUUUUAUAUCAUUUUACUGCAUAACUGUAAUUAUUCCAUUUAUUUGUGUCAAAUUUUAUUUAUUUGUUGUUUCGUAUAUUAAUCACGUUCAUUUAUGUCUGGUGUUUCUGUUCUGACCAGUCUCAAAAUUAUUCUUAGAUGAUAACAGGUUUGAUAUUGUCACAAUUUCUUCAUAUCAUUCGAAAUUUAAAACAUUGGUACGUUUUCCUUAUUUAUUAAACUAUUUGUCAAAUGGAAUAGAUUUUAUAUUCAGACUAGCACCAGUCAUACGAUUAACUACAAAGUCACUGACGCAGGCCAAUGAAAAUGUCAAUGGACCAAUAUCCUGCUUCUUUAUAUAGGUGCUACGAAUCUAAUAGAUAAAAAGAAAACUAAUUUAGGGAGUAAGCCAAAAGGUUUUUCAUGAAACUUUUAAUGCAAUGCAUAUAUCAUGGACUUAAUUAAGAAAUUGAAAAUAUUCAUGAUAUAAGAGAUUUUGUAAACUGUAGAAAUGAAAUGACAAAUUUUGUAUUUAAAAUGUUCAAAGAAUCAUUUAUUUCAAUUGAAUGCUCAUCAUUGAUCAAUUAGAAUAUUUUUACAUUUUUAUGACUUAUUAAAAAACUUAUUUUUGACUGGUGAGGCAGUAAUAACCACUGUAAAAUGUGUAUUAUGUGUAACAUAUACAAUCAAUCAUAUACAAAAAUGAAUUAUACAUUCAACAAAUGAAAAUAAUAAAAAUUUUAUGUAA